AUGACAGAUCCUAAAGCCAACAAUAGCACUACACUGCCAUCUAUUUCCCAUCUCUUAAAUCCUACAUCCCAAGAAAGAAUAGCAUCCAAUGCAAGUGCCAAAAACACAACUUGUUUGAGAGAUCCAUCUGAUCCGGCAUGUUCAAAGCAAAACCAUGCGUACUCUACUACAAAGCUUCUCCAAGAUUAUCCAUCACCACCGCUUUCAUCAUCAGCUUUGGACUAUCCAACAUCAUCCAUUCCACCUCUUCAGGGUAAUGAUCCACCUCCACGACACGCACGCACAAUCAGCAAUGAUAGCGAUAGCACAAUGACUUCAUUGUCCGAUACACAACGUUCAUAUCAGCGGUUUUCGAGAUGGGGUACAUCACCCACUAGUAUGCAAUAUUUUCAUACACCUAUUUCUGCACCAUGGACUGUACCAAAGGAUAAGGAUGCUGCUGUUGAAGCUUCAUCCUCUGUGUCAAAGCCAUCAAUUCAAGUGAAUCCUUCAACGUCAGAACGUCUUGAAACACCGGCACCCACCCGAUUAUCCUUUACGUCUACAGGAGAGCCUAUUCUCAAACGACGACGGGGACGACCACCAUCCAAUGCACGUGAAGCAUGCACUUGGGAAGGUGGCUGGACAUUUUUAUCGCCCACUGUAUGGUCCGUCAACAACAACAACAGCAAUCAGGUGACCGCGCCACCAUCUACCACGUUGCCUGUUUCAUCAUCAUCAUCAGGACAACAAAACAACCAGCCAAGAAAAACAUUAGAUGCAGCAACAACAUCACAACAACAGUCACAUUCGGGAGCGAUAUCUGAUAUUGCAGCAUUCUCAAGUUCUGAUUUGUCCAAUGUAAUGCAUAUGCCAAAACGUAAACGAGGAAGAAAACCGAAAAAGCACCUUGUUGGCCACUCUUGCUUUGUAUGGAAAGAUAUACCCAUAGUAAGAUCUCCAUUAUCCACAGCCAAAGCACGUGCCACCGCAGCUGCGAAUCGUCUGAGAAAAGAAAAAGAGCGUCAGGAACAACAAAAACAAAAGCAGCAAGAAAACGUUCUCAUUGUUGAUGACAACAAAGUGCAUCAUGAAGACAGCUGCUAA